CGUAGCCCAGAGAAGACGUGUCCUGACCGCUUUUAGGUGCGUGCUUGCCCAUCCUCUCUAACGUGCUUCGGCUGAGUUGUGGUGAAACGACCCAGCACAUCAACGUUCUUUUUUUGUAACAAUUUUUUUUCAUCCUGUCAGCAGACCACUUCUUCUUCCGCGUUUUAUUCACGCCUGUGGGCAAACUUCAGACGAUUUUGAUAAUUUAUAACGAAAAGCUUUUCGGAAGACUAUUCCAUUGACGGUAACUGUCACCUACUCGGACCAUGUGAGAGACUUCGAGAGGCAGGGAUAUUUCAAAUAAAUCUCGUUUUUUGAAGCUCUUGGUGUGAUGAGAUAUUAAAGGUUUAUUGGUGGUCGAAGCGUCAUGGUAUCCGCCAUGCAAUUGGAGACAGUAUCCGGUGAGAUGGAAGAGUUGGAGCUGGAAGCUCAUCAUAUUUUACUCAAUGACAAAUGGAGGCAGUUGUUUGAUAAGUUUGACAACGAAGGCUUCGGCGAAAUUCCUUGGGACGAUUUCCUCGUGGCUCUGGAGAGUCCAGAAUUCCAAGAAUGCAUCGAGCCGUCCAAGAGAGAGAUCCUUGCCUCUAAAGCCCGAGAGCACAAGACGUAUGCCAUCACUUUCGACGACUUCGUGGCAGUGAUGAGCGGGAAACGUACUCGUAGCUUCAGGAUUGCGGUGCAGCAUAGAGACCGGGAAGAGUUACUCAGGGAACGGGACCGAGCCCUGUUUCACAGCAUGGUUGCCAAGAUAGCUCACCAUUUUUUGGCCGACGACAGAGACAGAAAAUACUACGCGGACCGAUAUACUUGCUGCCCGCCUCCCUUGUUCAUUCUUCUUAUCACUUUCGUAGAACUGGGUUUCUUUACUUACUAUACUGCGUCUACGGGUAAAAUAACGACAACGGGUCCAGUACCUAUUGAUAGUCCUUUUAUAUACAGACCUGACAAGCGGGAAGAAGUGUGGAGGUUUUUCUUCUACAUGCUCUUACAUGCUGGGUGGAUCCAUUUAUUAUUUAACCUGCUGAUACAGGUUUGCGUUGGACUUCCCCUAGAAAUGGUACAUGGGUCAUUAAGGAUCGGUACCGUGUAUAUGGCUGGAGUGCUGGCUGGUUCAUUAGGCACUUCUGUCUUUGACACUGAUGUGUAUCUAGUCGGAGCAUCUGGUGGAGUUUAUGCACUGCUGGCUGCCCACCUAGCAAACGUCUUACUGAAUUAUAAUCAAAUGGAAUUCGGUUUGGCAAGAUUAGGUGGCAUAUUUUUUAUAGCAAGUGCCGAUGUUGGAUUAGCCAUCUACAACCGGUAUGCCGUCGAGCAGCACGGACCUCCAGUAUCCUAUGUUGCUCACCUCACAGGAGCUUUAGCAGGACUCACGAUAGGACUUCUGGUCCUGAAAAACUUUGAGCAGAAACUUCAUGAGCAAGUUCUGUGGUGGGUGGCACUGGGAGUGUACGCAGCAUGUACACUCUUUGCCGUCUUAUUCAACAUAUUUAAUUACUGAACUGUUCUACCAAAAAAAAAUGACUCUCAGUAGAUGUACUUCCCUGCGAAAGAACAAGAGGAACUUUUAAAUCAGGGAAAGAAUGGAAGAUUGUUGUAAAUUAUUGGGAAGUUUGAUGCAUCGACUGCAAUGGACAAACAUACAGAUGAAAGGCAAAUUCCGAGUUGUUUUCAAGUGACUUGCCAAAUUAUGCAUCAUUAUAAAAUCAAAAUAUGUUCUUUUUAAAAAGAAAAAUUUAAAAAAAAUUUAUUUGCAUGAAAAAUCGAUAUGCUUUUACAUUACAGUCAUUUAAGAUGUUGAUUGAUGUUAAUUUUAAGUAAAUUUAUCAUUAAUAUUAUAAUACAUGAUUUAUCUGUUAAUUUUCUAUAUUUAAAUAUCGGUUAAGUGAACUUUUUAUAUAUUCAUAUAUAUAUAUAUUAUGGUUAAUUUCUCUUCGAUGAUUUAUUAAACCUUGGAUAAAUUAAUCAAAUAUUUCGUCACAUUCUAACAUCAUCAAGAUCUAAAAUUUGUUAUAUUGGAAUGUAACCCUCGAUUAGCUGAAAAAUACUGGGACCAGUGAAAAAAAUGUGUUUUUUAUGUACAAAAAUAAAACGCAAUUUCAGAUUGGGAAUAUUACAUAUUUCCUAAAAAUUUACUAGUCAUUUAACUGAAAUUGUAUAUUAUGUAUAAAAUGAACAAUCUCUACAAUGUCUUGCUAUUUGAUUAUUCUGAAAAUGUAACAGUAGCCUUUAGAUGUUCAAAAAGAUAAUAAAUAAAUAUCUGUCAAUGUAAAUUAUAUAAAAUACUGAUUGAUUUAUCCAUUAUAUAGAUUGGAAUCUAUUUUAAUGCCAUCUUUAUGUUAGUUGUCAAUAUGGCAAGCCAAACAAUCAAUCGAGCUAGUUUCUGUAGCAACCAUUUAAUGUCUAUCUGGCUUUUUGGCAUUAACAAUAAGGCCUCAUUGGCAAUUCAAAGAGGCAUACUGAAAUAGAUUUCAAUUCAAAUAUUUCAUAAUUUGUGUGAAAAAUGAAGUAGAUGAAAAUUAUAACUUAAAGAGAAUCGAGAUGUGUUAAAAAUAUCGUAACUGUGUCUUGGAUGAACAAAUGUGUUUUUUGCAAUAUUGUUGUCUAGUGAGUGUUUUGAUAUUGUGGUUAAGCAGAUGACACAGUAUGUGCUUCUGUAAAGUCAACAAACCAAUUCCAAAUCUGACUUUUGUCUCAGGAUAUUUUUUACUGUUUAUGUAAAUCUUUUUCUAUAUUAUACAAAACCAAUCUACAAGUGGUUGUGGCUCAACUUAGACAGCAGUACUCCUAUGUGAAUUCAUUAUCAUAUGAAAGUGUGGCUGCACUGCCAUUAUAAGUAUAUAUUUUUUUCUCUCUCUCAGGAUCAAGCAUUGUAUCUUCAUCAAAGGUUAACAAGUUUGAAACUUUUGAGUCAAUAAAAAUUGUGCAGGAACACAAGACAAUUAAAAUACAAUUUAAUUAUUCAGAUUUACAAAAAAGAAAAACAAUACAAACUGACUGAAAGAUUUCAAACUUGUUUACCUAAAUUUUAAUCAUUUGAGCAAAGCAUUUCACUAACUAAUGUAAAUAAACUUUUCUACACUGUAUACAAAGUGAUGUGAUGAAUAAGAUUUAUGUGAAUCAUUUUUCUAAGUCAAAUCCAGAUAGAAUAGUUUAUUUAAAUGUUAUAUAUAUGUGUGUGCACGAGUGUGAAGUAUGAUUUUUUGAUUGAACAUGUGCAGUAGCAUUUCGCAUUUAAAGUUUUAAAUUACAAAAAAAAAAAAAAAAAAAAAAAAAAAAAACCUCUUAAAUUACAUAUAAAAUAUAAUUUCCCAAUAUAUUUAAAUUUAAAAAUUUCAUUUUACACUUUUUUCACUAUUCUAAAUUUGUUUUGAUAAAUCUAUUUCAAAUGUAUAAACUAAUUUUUUUUUUUUUCUUUCAUAAUGACAAUUAGUAGUAUUUGAUACCAAUGGGAAUAAUAAGGUUUAGAUUCAACAUACAGAAGACAUUUUAUUUUGUGAAAAUUUAAAUGUUUACUAGUAAUUUUGUAAAAUUACAUUCAUAAGUAAAUAAUAUUAAAGCUUGAGCUUCAUCAAUUUCAACAUUUAAAAAAUCUCAUCUGAAGAGAUAUUAUUUUUACUGUUUGUUAACUUUAUAUAUAAAAAAGAAAUCUGAAAUGCAACUGCACAAGCUAUUAGGCUGUCUACUUAUUUUAUUGUAUGCAUGUUCCAUUUUGUGUACUAAAAAGUAAUAAUCGGUUUUAAACUGAUUUACAAAAUGUGUAAAGAAAAAUUUCAGUUUUAUAUUAUAGACAAACAAGUACAAAAUACGACUACAAUAAUAUAUUUUUAAAGCAUGAAUUAAAAUAUUUUUUAUUUAAACAUGUUCCCAAAACCAUUAGUAAUAUAUGAUUGUUCAAAAAAGAUGAUUUUUUCAUUAUUACUUAAUAUUUGAGUACAAUUAAGAAGAAAUGCUAUAACAACUGGAACAUACAUUCCACAUAUUUGUGUAUGCACUUUUAGAAGCGCUAAUCCUACUGCAGUGUCCUUUGUUUCCUAAGCAUAUGUCUGAUUGUGAUAAAUGGAUAGAGGAAUGAUGUUCGGAAGAAUGUUGAAUAUGUGUAUGUUUGCUUAGAAGUGUUUUCAAAGUUUUUUAACAUUCAUGUUAUUGUGUAAUAAUGUUUAAAUUUUAAAUUAAAUUUUAGUUCUGAUCAAAUGAACAAGAAUGUGUUAUUUUUUCAUCAUAUUCUCUUCCCACAAACAAUUUUUUUAACAGAUAAAAAAUACAAAUCAAUUUCUUUUUCCAAAAAUACAUUUUAUAUUAAUUUCCAUGACAAAGCUUGUAUUGUGUGUUUAAGAGCAAUUAUAAUUACAAGAAAAUCUGAAAGCAAGCAGGAGUGGUUUUCUCAAAGCUUCUUCAUAUACUCUCUAAUAAAACUGUUAUU